CACUCCAAUGGAAAAUGUCGUUUGUUUUUCAGCGUGUUGAUCUGUUGAUAGCGCUGAAAUUAAUGAGGUUAUGUUAUGUUUACUACUGCCAUGAAUUGGUAAACAAUAGAAAUUUAUUGUAAUUCAGAUUGUAAUGCUCUCGAUAAAAAUACCAAGAUGUCUUGUAGUUACGCUGAUGGUUUGUCCGAAUAUGAAAAUAAAGGAGUUCUAGGAGUUCCAGAGAAAUUUGAAUCUGAAGACAAAGUAAAUGAAAAGUGCGAAAUUUUGGCAGAAUGGAUAAAAAAUUCCAAACACGUAGUGGUCCAUACAGGGGCAGGAAUCAGUACUUCAGCUGGUAUUCCAGAUUUCAGAGGCCCAAAUGGCGUAUGGACAUUAGAAAAAAGAGGUGAGAAACCUAAUAUAAAUAUAUCUUUUAAUGAAGCCAUCCCUACAAAAACUCACAUGGCACUUAAACAACUAAUAGAUAAGGAUAUGGUGCAGUAUAUUAUAAGCCAAAAUAUUGAUGGAUUACAUUUAAAAACGGGCAUUUCUAGAAAAAAUAUAGCUGAACUUCAUGGCAAUAUGUUUAUAGGACAAUGUAAUACAUGUGAAAGUCAGUUCGUAAUGCCUGAAGCAACAUCUACAGUAGGCAAAAAAUGCCUAAAUGAAGACUGCAAAAGAUCUGCUGUGCUUAGAGGGCGGAGUUGUAGGGGUAAACUUCAUGAUACUAUUCUUGAUUGGGAGGAUAAUUUGCCUGAACAUGAUCUAGAAAUGUCAGACUACCAAUCAAGUCUUGCAGAACUGAAUAUAUGCUUAGGAACUACUUUGCAAAUCGUUCCUAGUGGAAAUUUACCCCUAAGAAGUAAAAAAUAUAAUGGAAAAGUAGUAAUAGUGAAUCUUCAACCUACCAAACAUGAUAAAAAAGCUGAUCUCAUCAUUAACACAUAUGUAGAUGAUGUGUUGAUUAAAGUGAUGAAAAAACUAGGUUUAGAAAUUCCAGAAUACUCGCAUAAUAUAGAUCCAACUAAACAUCAACUGCCAGACACUGUGAUAGAAUGGAACAUUUUAAAAUCGGAUUUGAAUAAAAUGAAAUUGAAAUAUGAUAAACUCAACAGGGACUACAAAAAGAGAAAAUCUGAAGAAAAAUUGGUGAGCAAUACAAAGAAAAAGCCAAAGAAACCAAAGAAGUGGAUAAAGGAUAAUAAAUUGAAAAAGGAACUGAUAGUAAUAGCGGAAAAGUUUGAUCAAAAUCAGUUGGAAAAUCAGAAAUUUAGCAGCUUAGAAAAUAAGGAUAAUUUAGAAAAUAAGAAAAUUAGUAGCUUAGAAAAUGAGGAUAACUUAGAUGUAAAAUUGGAAACUGAGAAUUUUGAAAAUAAGGAAGAUAUAGAAUUGAAAGUUGAUUAAUUAUUUGGAUGUUUUUUAAUUUUAAGGAUUUGAAUUAUAUAAAUAAAACUUUACAUUUGCUGUACAUUUUUAAUACAUUUAAAAUUCAAAAUACUUGUAUUUUUAAAUGAAAGAAAUGAAUCAAAACACAAUGAGUGUAUAACAAAAGGUUUUAUAAUGAUGUACAAAAAUUAUAAAAAAAUACAG